UCCAGUUUUUCCCUUCUCCGCAUUCCGAAGAGGCGAGGUCCCGGCUUCAGUCAUUUUACUUUCACUUUCGCAUGGGCUCAUUCCACUGUCACAGACAUUUGCUGGGAGUAGACACACACACACACACACACACACAAACCAACAACCACUCAUACAUCACAGGCCGGCAUCUGGGGCCCUGGGUAUAUACAGUGGAGUUCUCUCGACUGCUCGGUGAAGUUGUGUAUCGGAGUUCCUUCACUUCCCAUCCUCAGGCUGUUUGUCUGAUGCCACCCAAAGGCAACAUGAAAAAGAAGCUUCCUGAGCCUCUUCCUAUAGGCUUGAUCCUUACAGAUUUUGAGAAGAAACACUGGAAACUUGGGAAAAUUAUUGGAAAUGGUGGAUUUGGGCAGAUACAUUUGGCUUCUCCUGCAACAGAGAAGGAUGUUGGAGAUGAUGCCGUGUAUGCCAUUAAAAUAGAGUACCAGGAUAAUGGACCCUUGUUCACAGAGCUGAAAUUUUAUCAGAGAGUGGCGAAGUCUGAGCACAUAAAGAAGUGGAUGAAGGAUCACCAGUUGAGUUUCUUAGGAAUACCUGCUUACUGGGGAUCAGGGUUGGUUGACCACAAUGGGAAAAGCUAUAGGUUUAUGGUAUUAGACAGACUUGGUAUAGAUUUGCAAAAAGUGCUGGAAGCAAGUGGAAACCAACUGAGUAAAGCAACCGUUUUGCAGAUAGGCAGUGGACUGCUUGAUAUUUUGGAGUUUAUUCAUGAACAUGAAUACAUCCAUGGUGAUAUCAAGUCAGCAAACUUGCUUCGAGGCUUCACAAAUCACAAAGAGAUAUAUUUAGCAGAUUAUGGCCUGGCCUUCAGAUAUCAUCCUAAUGGAGUUCACAAACAGUAUAAGGAGGAUCCGAAGAAAGGCCAUAAUGGGACGAUUGAAUUUACUAGUAUCGAUGCUCACAAAGGUGUAGCCCCAUCCAGACGAGGUGACCUGGAAAUCCUUGGCUACUGCAUGCUACAGUGGCUGUGUGGCAAGCUGCCCUGGGAGCAGAACGUGAAGGAUCCUGUAGCAGUUCAAGAAGCUAAAGUCAAAUUUAUGAAAAACCUUACUACCUCUGUGCGUCAGUGUUUCCCCUCUGGAUCUGAAAGCAGUGAAAUGAUCAACUAUUUCUCUUAUGUGAGCACUCUGAAAUAUGAAGAAAAGCCACAAUAUCAGAAACUACGAAACAUCUUAUUAAACAGCCGAUAUAAGUGCAUGGAUUCUCAGUUUCUACUUGAUAUUGAAAAUUUUAAGAACACACCUUCAAAUCACAAAAUUCAAAAUGCAGCUGUAACAAGACAAACAAGAAGACAAACUCCACCUGAACCAAAAUCGACUAAAGAGAAAAGCAGCAUGUUGCAAAAUGUUGAACAUCCAGCACCAUUGAGCCUGAGGGACAAAAAAGCAGAGGUCAAAAUGAUCGUACAAAACAAAUUAGUAAUAACUGGCUCAAUUGAAUCUUCAACAGCACCUCAGGCCAAGGUUAGAAAACCAGAAGUCACAAUGACUGUUCAGAACAAAGCACGAAUAAUUGGUCCAACUGAACUUCCAAUAGGUCCUCAGCUCACAUACAGUAAACCAGUGGUCAUGGGGAGUGUUCAGAAGGAAAGUAGAGCGAUUGGCCCAACAAUACCUUCUGUCAAGUUCGAGAAUCAAAUCCAAGUAAAAUCAGAUAUCUUACAAUAUGGUUCUGCAGUUCUUGUCUUGGUAGUAUCAAUAAUCCUAGUAAUCUUGUUUUUUUAAGUACUGUACAACUUAUUGCUGUCACUCUUUCUGUGCCAUGUAACAAGUUAACUUUGCAGAUGGUUUAACUGCCACUUUGCAUAAAACUAUUGCAUAAACAAACUAAAUUUAGCAACAUUAAGCAGUUUAAAAAUAUUAUACUUUUAUUAUAAUAAAAAUACUAUACUCAAUAUUAUACUCAGACAAUCAGUUUACUUAUGGCGACAAUAAAUCUGAUUCAGCUUUUGUUACAUGGGCUUUGAGAUUCUUUUCAUCACAAGAAUUUAUGACUAUUUGCAGUUAUGGCAAAUUAGUGUUUGCGAUCAGUGUUCACCAAGUCAAGUUUGUAAACCAUCAGAUAAUACAAGGUUAAUCAUCCUAAUGUACAUUGUGUGUCAAUUUCUUAGAAACUAGACAUCUUGUUUACAAAUAUCGAUAUGAGGAAUCUUCACUCUUCCGUGGUUAGGAUUUCUUGAUAGUCAUCUUUACAGUAAUUGGCUAAAGAAAAAGGAAGUAAAAUUAAGAAUGGAAACUUUACAGUAAUAAAAUGAUGUGAUAAUGAUUUCAUCUUUAAGGACUGGUAAUUUGCUGUAUGACAAACUAAUUGAUUUGUCUGGGUAAAGUAAUUUGAACUCAGGAUAAAACAAGUCCUUGAUGUUAUGCCAAAAAAGUCAAUCUUCUUGUUCAUAAUGUAUUGACAAAUGGCUAACUUUUUAAAAUAAGAAAUUUAAACUCUGAAUUGCAGUCUGUUUAUUUGCUUAUAGUUUGAUUAAUAAGCAUAUAGCAUUCUACGGUCACUAUAUUUUAUU